AUGGACAGUCAAGCACCACCUCUGACCGUCGAGCAGGUUGAAUCUCUUAUCCUCACACUCUACCAGGCGAACCAGCCAGAUGUGAUUGCUUCCACCCAGGCAUCACUCACCCAGCUACAAGGCUCACCACAGGCUUGGUCUAUUGCCCGCGACUUACUGACCAGACCAGAUCAAGAAGUCAAGUUCCACGGUGCCCUUAUUAUCAUUAUUAAGCUCAACACUGAAAGCGAUGCGUUGAGUGACAAUAGUGCUAGAGAGCUUCUCGCCAACCUUGUUGGUUGGUAUCUUGAAUCAUGUUCUCAAGGAACAGCUCCACUUGUCACUAGGAAGCUUGCAUCUGCCCUCGCCACGUUCUUAGUCCAUUUCCAUCGAAUAUGGACGCCGUUCGUACGCCACCUGGUGGUAUGCCUGGCUUCGGGGCAGCCUGUCCACCUAGAUUUAGGAACUGCUGAACUCCCCGACAUCAGGCCUGCUUUAGCAAACCUUGGCAAUGCUCAGCUAAGAGCUGCUCUUUGGGUAGUGGGUAAUGUUGUCGAAGAAGCUGCAAAGUUGGACUUAAAUUCAGAAAAAAAUAUUGGCCUUUAUAACGUUAUCCGCCAAAAUUCUUCUGAUGCGGUUGCACUCAUGGGAAGUGCAUUCCUCGCGCAGCCAAGAAUCCACGAAGAUUCAAUCAAAUGUCUUCAGGCCUGGGUUUUAUUUGUUCAAAAGGCAUCGACUCGAGAUAAGGAUUUUGUUGACACUUUGAGGCCUUUGAUCACGCUUGUCAUCGAAUCUUUGGCUGCAGAAGAGCCUGUCCUGGAGACCAUUGAACUUCUAUCAGAUAUCCUCUCAAACUUCUCCGGUCUUCUUACAGAGCAACACUAUUCUAUGCUUGAUGCUUUCUUCUGUACUCAGAGAUUUCAUCAGCACUAUCACGACUUGCUUCGGGGAGACUUUGAAUUUGAAAAACUCCAAUACGGACAACUGUUACUCGCCUAUGGAGACGCCCGUGUGGACCUGUUGAUGCGUAGUGCCGAUGGCACGGGCCAAAAUAUCUUGUCGAUGCUUUGUGGAUUACUGAAUGCACAGGGUUGCCCUGCUGUGGAUGACAAGAUUUUUGUUCCCUCUCUAGAGUUUUGGUCUACGUUCUCAGAAACUGUGACAGAUGAGACAUAUUCUGCAGAGCAAUCUCCGAACCCGUGGGAAUCAUCGGCGGUAUCCUAUGUCCUGCAAGCUGUUUCAAAUGCAUGGCAGAAAAUUGCCUUCCCAGCAACUGAGGAGCUCAGUCAGUGGGACUCGGGCGAUCGACUGAACUUCAACGAAGCGAGGAAGGACGUGGCCGAUCUCCUACAAUCCACCUACACUCUAUCAGGACCCCGGCUUGUAUUCACGUUCGCGGAACUUGUACUAAAAUCACUUUCUGAGCGCUCAUGGCGCCACCUAGAAGCUGCGGCAUUUUGCUUGAGUGCGCUGGCUGAUUGCAUCAAAGAGGAUCCAAGAAGUGACGAGGCGCUGGCAUCCGUAUUUGCUUCUUCUCUGUUCCAGAUUCUUCAAGACAACAUGGAUUUACCAUUUCGUACUCGCCAAACAUGCGUGGGCCUGAUCGAGCACUACACCGAGUACUUUGAACGCAAUGUUGUACAUCUACCUCCUGCCCUCAGCCUUCUAUUUAGCCUCGUUGGUGAGCAUAGCCUGGCAUCUGCAGCAUCAAAGUCAAUCAUACAGUUAUGUUCCUCCUGCCGUCGACAUUUGUUCCGCGAGACCGGCGGAUUCCUCGACGAGUACCAAAAGCUUUCAGACAGCAAGCGAUUAGACUGCCACUCGAGUGAAAGAGUUUUGGGGGGGAUUGCAUGUAUAGCCCAAGCGCUUCCCGAGCCAGAAGCAAGGCUCGCGGCAUGUAUAAGAUUGCUUGGAUUUGUCGAAACAGAUGUGAGACUUUCAAUUGACUCUACGAAGUUACCAGCAGCAAGGGCCAGAGUCGGCUGCGCUACCGGAGCUCGAUGUUUCGAUGACGCUGGUCUUGACGACCCAGCGCUUCAUCUUGCUCUGAAGUCCCUGCGAUGCCUUGCCGCUAUAGGUCGAGGUUUCCAAUCUCCCUCCGAGGCGCCCAUCGACAUAGACUCUACGGCUGUGGCGGGCAGUGAAGGAGAUUCCGAGUUGACAGACUUGCAUCGUGGAAUUUUCAGCAUUCUGCUGCAGCUUCAAAACGCCUUUAGUACUUGCUCAGAUGUAACUGAGAUCAUCUGCAGUAUUCUUCGUUGCGGGUUUUCGGAACCUUUUCCAGGACUCUUUGUGUUUUCACGAGAGGAUGUAACCAAAUUUCUGACCAAACACAACGGAAAUACUCCAAGGAUUGGCGUUCUCGUGAGCACAGGUUGCUCCUUUGUGAGCUCCUUCACCCCAGCUGAGCUCGUACAUAGACAGCACAUUCUGACGGAUCUUCUCAUCUGGGUGAUUGGAUUGAUUCAGCAGCAUCCAGACCCGGAGCACGACCCAGAGCUUGUACAGAAUGCAAUCGAUUUUGUUAGUCGCUUGCUUGCAAAAAGUCCAAGCACUUUUCUCCAUCUCCAGUCUUCCGAUAUGAUGGAGUACUGUUUUCUCUUCACUUUGAGAGUUUUGGAUGGAAAGGAGCCUUUGCCAAAAGCUGCAGCCACUGACUUCUGGACUACAUUUGUGAGUCUUAAUGAUGAAUCUACAAACGGCCUGAAAGGGGAAGUCAGCCAGGCAAUGGCUACCCUCGGUCCUUUGCUUUGCCAGUGCAUCGCUAGGAAUAUUGGUGGAAAUGCAGCUCGCAGCGAGUUGGACAAGGUCGCUGAACCUCUAAAAAGGAUGGUAAGCCGGUAUCCCGAGACUAAGUUGUGGCUUGAGCUGGGCUUGAAUCACCCGUCCUUCCCCAGCUCAAAAGUUACGUUGGAGCAAAAGAGCAUGUUCUUAAAGAAAAUAAUAAGUCUUCGAGGGGCCCGAGCAACCAAUCAAGUCGUGAGAGAUUUCUGGUUGGCCGCUAGAGGUUCCAACUUUGCAUAUGCGUCCUGA